AUGAAGGCGCAUUGGUUCAGGAUUUACGCAUGCGAUCUUCCUGCCAAGUAUGAGUCAUUGAAGAACGAGUUUGAGCACGAGAAAGGUAUCACUAUCCUACCGAACGGUCACCUCGUCUCCAGAAUCAGCGACUGGAUCAUCUACAGCGUAGAGGCCGAAGUCAUCGGUCGUGUGGUAGCUGAAUACGGCCCAUCGACAAAGGUGGGUGCCAUCGUCGGUGGCCAGACAUCGUGUAAGGCUCCUGAGCUGGAAGCUUUUGACAAGUAUCUGCCACAAGAUGUUGAAAUCGUCUCUUGCCAUUCGCUCCAUGGUCCAGCAGUAGACCCGAGAGGUCAACCGCUUGUCGUCAUUCAACACAGAGCAUCGCAAAAGAGCGUCGAUCUGUGCGUUGAGAUCUUGUCAUGCUUACAAUCUAAAUUUGUCUUUAUCUCUGGCGAGAGGCAUGAUCGCAUCACUGCAGAUACGCAGGCGGUGACUCAUGCUGCAUUUCUCAGCAUGGGCAGUGCUUGGGCUGCCAACAAACAGUUUCCAUGGGAGAUCAAUCGAUACGUUGGCGGCAUCGAAAACGUGAAGAUCAACAUCAUGAUGCGGAUUUAUUCGAACAAGUGGCAUGUAUACGCAGGCUUAGCCAUUCUCAACCCAGCGGCAAAACAGCAGAUCAGGCAAUACGCGGCAUCGGUGACAGAGCUCUACAAGUUGAUGCUGGGAGGUCAUCGGGAAGAACUGACUCAUCGUAUCAAGACGGCGGGAUCGGCUGUGUUCAAGCAAGAAACCGACGAACACAAUCUUCUGCUUUCCGAUGACCUUCUUGACCAGUUCUCGCUGUCAAAGGGGCCCAAGGAGAGAACCCGCAACAACCACCUGAGCCUGCUUGCCAUCGUCGAUACGUGGUGGAAGCUAGGUAUCGUGCCAUAUGACCAUAUGAUUUGUUCCACGCCGCUCUUCCGCAUCUGGCUUGGGGUUACAGAAUAUCUAUUCCGGAACCCAAAUCUUCUAGAUGACGUGAUCAGUACGGCCAUUGAGGACAACACAUUUCGAUCGGACGACCUGGAAUUCACUUUUGCCGCGAGAGCCUGGUCGGACUGCGUCUCUUUCGGAGACUUUGAGGCGUACCGUGAUCGAUUUGAGAACAUUCAACGAUACUUUGCACCUCGAUUUCCCGAGGCCGUCAAACUAGGUAGCGAGAUGAUCAAGACUAUUGUGGAGCGGACAAAGUCUUGA